GUAUUAGGAUUAGGGGGUUAGGGGGGUGGGAGGGGUUAAUUAGGUUAAUUGUGACAAAAUUGUAAAUAAUGUAAAUGGCGAGUUAAGAUCUGUUAGAAAAAGGGUAGUUGGUGAACGUUUUGGGAAACUCAGGGGUAUAUGGUGAAUUUCUGACAAUUCGAGGGUAUAUGGUGAAUUUCGUGAUUUGUCGGAGUUGUAUGGGGAAAAUCGUUUUUUUUUUAUUUAUUAUUUUCUCUCUUUUCUCAAAUGUAGAAUCUAAAUAUUAUUAUUUUGACACCAAAUGUGACAUCUAAUUAAACAAUUAAUAUAUAUUUUUUUUUUCUUGAUUUCAAAUAGGGAGAACAAAAUAGAAAUUAAAGGAGGGAGUGUAAAACUAAGUCUUGGCUUUUGAAGAUAAAAAAAAAUUAGAGUCGUCUUUAAUAGAAAGUAUGAUAGUUUGGUCUAUUUAAAUAGGAACCGAUUUUUGUUUACCAAAAUGGAAUCCAAGCCUAUUGUGGCUGAGCUCACUCUACUCCCAAAAGCAAAAACAAAAAAUCUCGUUGAACACGGUUUCCUCUGAAGUCUUGAUGGCUUCAAUCAUGAGAGCAGCUGCAACUGCAACAGCAACAGCAACAGCAACUCCUAGCUCCCCUUUCCUAAAAUCUACCUCAAUAAAUCAUUACCAUAACUACCUUAUAUUUACUAAUUACGCGCCAAUUCUCUCACCUCAUCAAUUCAAAUCUUUAUCUCUUUCCUCCUCAUCUUCAUUUAGACUAAAUUGCCGGGGCACAGACAUGCGGGACGAUCAUUCUCUCACCACCAUGGCUGCUGCAUACUCCGUCCUCGGACUCGAACCCGAUUGCUCUGCUGCCCAACUCAAGGCUGCUUUCAGAGCCAAAGUGAAGGAAUUUCAUCCUGAUGUGAGGAACAAUCAACACAAUACUGAUUUGAUGAUUCGUCGUGUGAUUCAAGCGUAUGAGAUUCUCUCCAACAUUAGCAGGUCAGAGAUAAUUGAAAGCGAAUGUUUAGAUCCUUUUGACAAUCCAGAAUGUGAGGCAUUUGAUAUCUUUGUCAAUGAAGUUUUGUGUGCUGGAAAAGGACAUGACGAAGAUUACCAAGUGCAGUUAGCUGUGGGGCAGUGCCCAAGAAGUUGCAUUCACUAUGUAACGUCUUCUCAGAGAAUCAUACUGGAGGAGCUCCUUGAUAGUAUAAUGGAUACUCCAUAUGAUACCUCAGCUGAAGCUGACUUGCUUUACUCUCUCAUUAUCAAAGCCAAGUACGAAAACAACCGAUACCAAAAACCAAAGGAGCAACCUAAAGCAUCUACUAAACAUGUAGAUUGGUUAUGAAAUCAUAUCAUAGAAACAAGGACAAGGUAGAACAAGGAAAUGAUAUCCUUAAGGCUAAAGAUUUUGCCAUGCAUAUGCAGCUUCAAGACUUAGCUUGCAUGAUUAAAAUUCUAGUAUGCCUGAUCCUUGAAAUGCAAUGAUUCCACUCUAUUGUAGCGGUAUACACUCAAAUUUGGGUACUCAUAUGUGAUACUUGAACACAUCUUAAUAUUCUACGAGUCUUAUGUAGAAAUAAUUGAUAAAGGCCCCCCUUGUAUCAAAUUGUAUUCCUUUUGUUCACUUCAUAGAUCAUGAUUGCUUUUCCAUAAUUUCAA